AUGGAUAUAAUAUCAUCUUAUCAUUUUUGGCAAUCACAUCUUGAUGGAUUGAAUUUAGAACGUCGUAUCAUGUUACCUUUUGAUCCACAUCGUUUAUUAACUGAUCAACAUUCAGGUUUUGCUCAUCUUAUUGAUAUUCCAUUGGAUAAUGCUUCUUCACAAGAUAUUACACCAUUUCAAUUAGGUCUUACCAUAUUUUAUACAUUUUUAUAUAAAUUAAGUCACAAUCAAAAUGACCCAUGCAUUUCAUGUAUUCAUGCUAAUCGAUGUAGAACAGAAUUAUAA